AUGACCACCACGCAAGUAGAUCAAGCGCGCAGCGUCGUGCUACUAGCACCGCCACCUUCCGCCGAAGACGAGCAGGCGCACGAACAGCAGGCGGAGCACCAGGAGGAGCUUGAACAGCAAGAGGAGCACCAGGGCGAGAUCGAGCGGAUACACGACCACCAGGAAGAUGAGCACCUGGUGCUAGCACCACCCCACGCCAAGCUCUCGUCCAAGCGCACUCGCUCUGGCUCGGUCUCUGUCAUUACCAACACUGACCGCCGAGCCCUCUCCUACCGCCCUCAUUACACAUCCAGAAUCACCGACACCAACGUCCUCCGAGCCACCCAGCUCUCCGCUCUCUUCUGCUACCGUCACGCUUCCCGAUUCUCGACCGACGACGGCACCAGCGACUAG